GUAUUAAGAAGAGUAUAUAAAAUCGUAUACGCGGUUAGGUUAGAACUCUUUGUGUUUCAGCACAGACAGCUUCAAACGAAUUUUAUAGAUAAAAUGAGCUUUCUACGAUAUUUUGCUGUCGUUUUUAUAACCACACUAUGUAUACGGAGUUCAUUUGCGAUGACUAGAGCGCAACUGAAAAAUUCCGGAAAACUUCUAAAGAAAACAUGUAUGCCAAAACAUGAUGUAACAGAAGAUCAAGUUGGAAAGAUAGAGCAAGGCAAGUUUUUAGAAGAAAAGGAUGUAAUGUGCUAUAUAGCGUGCAUUUAUUCAGUUGGUGGUGUGGUAAGUUGA